AUGAGAAAAAGAGGCUUGGAGGGCGUGUCGGGCAGCGGCGGCGGCGUGGAGUACAAGAUCACGCUGGGCCGGCCGCAGGGCGCGGCGCCGGCGCUCGCCAGGCCGCUGGUCUCCUCCACCAACCCCAAGACGCCCAGCCCCAGCCUCAACGGUGCGGGCGCCGGCCUGGAGCUGGACAAGCUGUGCGCCGAGUCGGUGCAGGACCUCAUGGCCACCAUCGCCAAGCUGGACUCCAACGGCGUGCAGGUGGUGGCCGAGCAGCCCUCCGCGCCCUCCGUGCCCCCGUCGCCCGCGCCGCACGUGCACUCGUCCACCGACGCCGACCUCGCGCACGGCAAGGCGGCGGCGCUGGCGCUGGCGGGCGGCGCCGGCGACCCCAACGAGGACUGGUGCGCCGUGUGCAUGGACGGCGGGGAGCUCAUGUGCUGCGACAAGUGCCCCAAGGUGUUCCACCAGUACUGCCACAUCCCCACCAUCGAGAAGCUGCCCGACGAGACGGAGACGUGGCAGUGCCUGCUGUGCGUGAACUUCGCGGAGCUGCCCGAGGAGGAGCCGGCGGCGGGCGGCGCGCUGACGGCCCGCCAGCAGAAGCUGAUGGAGCGCGUGACGCUGGAGCUGUACUGCCAGUACGAGCUGUCGCUGCCGCUGCGCGAGGCGGCGCCCGACCGCGCCGGCCUGGACGCCAUCCGCGCGCGUCUGCAGCCCAACGCGCCGCAGCGCUACCGCCACGUGCACGCCUUCGUGGCCGACUGCCGGCAGCUCUUCCGCGCCGCCUGCCGGCGCUUCCCGCCCGAGUCGCAGAUGUACAAGGACACCAAGCGGCUGGAGGAGUUCUUCGACCUGCAGCUGGCCAAGUGGCUGCCCGAGUUCGCCUUCUGGAGCGGCGAGGGCGAGCCGCCCGCCAAGCGCCCGCGCGUCGACUGAUCGGCCGCCGGCCCGCCCCGAGUUGCCGCUCCUGCUAUCGCUCGCCCUGCGCUGCGAGGCCUCUCCCGACACGCGCCGAUUCAACGCGGCAUAGGUUCACUUUCACCGGAACAUUUUCGACGAACCGAAUGUUUG